AUGCCUACCACCGAUGAUGCCAUCAUCAACCUGCCUGCCGCCAUCAACCUCCCUGCCACCGAUAAUGGCAUCAACCUGCCUGCCGCCGUCAACCUCCCUGCCGCCGAUGAUAGCCGAUGGUCUAUGCUUCCGCCGCCCACAAAUCGAUCGUUCCAGGAUAUACAAGAAGCUAUGGACUGGAUGGGUGACUGGGCCGCAGUACAGGGGUAUGCCGUCUCCAAAAAGUCGUCCUAUACCAACAAAAAGGGGUUUAUACCCACUGUAUGGUUCCAUUGCCAGCGUAGCAAGCCAUACAACGAUCGGCGUACGGAGAAGAUCCGGAAGACGGUACACCUUGCUACGAGUUGCCCUUUCGCUGUUCUAGUCAUAACCACCCAGGAUCACCACCUUCAACGUGGACGGCGCACCGGCAGCGAGAGAUCAGACAAAAUCGACCAGAGAUCAUUAGCUUGA